GAGCGGCAUCCUCCCCUGUUUGGACCCCUGUACACCCGCUUAGUCAAGACCCGCUCGCGCUCCAGGUCUUUGGGUUACGGUCUUCCAAGAUGGUCGACGUCGCAGAACACCACCAGCAGUCGAUGUAUUGCCAUGGCUGCCACUUCCAGUGGCAGACCGAAGGACAGGGUAUCGAAUGCCCUUCGUGCAAGAGCACGUCAACCGAGAUUGUAUGCUCACAGCUACAGCUGCAGAUUGCAGAAGACGCAGCAGAUUGGUCGCGGCAGCUACUGACGGAAGCCCUGCAGGUCACGGCUGACAACCACCCACAUCAUUUCCACAGCGGGCAACAAGAGCCUGCGUCGGCACCUCGACCCACGCCUCCCCAGAACAUGGAAAACACGGAUGGCCCGGCUCCCUCUGGUUCUCCCGACUCUUCCGACACUCCUACGUCUACCACAGAUAAUUCCAUAAGGCAAGAUACCGAUCACGAUGCAGCAAAUGGCUCAGAGGGCCACGGCACCAGCGCUGACAGCGCCGCCGAUGAGCAUGCUACUGACGAUGGCCGCCAUGACCGCCCUUUCUUUGGUCACCCUUCCUACAUGCACCACCAUUUCAUGAUGCAGCCCACCUUCUUUUUCACGACCUUCACCCAGGGAGCUGGGCCGCAAAUGAUUACCAUGCAGUUCUUCCAAUCCGGAGGAUAUCAUGUGCGUGCCACGGCUGAUGACGAUACCCCCGCCGAGCAGCAUCAAGGACAGGAAUCGCAAACCCAGUCGCAAACCCAGCUGCAGGAUGGAGCAGCUCCACAAUCGCCCUUCGCCCCGGAUUCUCCCCUCUUUGGGCCCAAUUCUCCCAUCGCGGGCGGUUUCUUUGGCGCGCUCAUGUCGCUCUUCAAUCCCGCCAACUUCAACCCUGCUAACGCCAUCUUUGGCGAUGCCGUCUACUCUCAGGAGGCGUACGAUCGAAUCAUGACGCAGCUGCGCGACCAGGUCGCACCCGGCGGCGCGCCCCCGGCUUCCAAGACGGCCAUCGAUCACCUUGAGGACAAGGAGGUCGACGACGUGAUGCUCGAGGGUGAUGGCGACGGCAGCACGCGUUGCGUCAUCUGCGUCGACGAGAUGGUUAAGGGCGAACAGGCUUCGGUCCUGCCCUGCAGCCACUUCUUCCACGGCGACUGCGUCAAGCCCUGGCUUGAACAACACAACACCUGCCCCGUCUGCCGGCAUUCCAUCGAGGAGGACGUCAAACUCCCGACCAAGAUUGUCGACGACGUGCCAGAGCAGCCAAUCUACCAUCACGAAGCCACCGCCGGCACAGAUUGUCUUUGAGGGCUGGGCAGGCCGCCCUUUGAAGGGCUCUUUUUCAUGUUCUUGUUUCUAUACUUGUUUUAACUGGCCAGUCACGGAUAUAUCUUUCUCUCGGCCAACCGCCGCGGCGAAUGGCGUUCCCGCGUGG